AUGGGGAUCUUUGCCACACACUGGAACACCCCCAUUGUCAAAGCCAACAAUCAAAGCAUCACCUGUGUCCUGCUCUCCUCUCUGCUGCUUGGCUUUCCAUGCUCCUUCCUAUUCAUUGGCCAGCCUGGGACGGUGACCUGCCUUCUCCGGCAAAUGCUGUUUGGCAUCAUCUUCUGCAUUGCUGUGUCUUGCAUUUUGGCCAAAACCAUCACUGUGGUGGUUGCCUUCAUGGCCACCAAGCCAGGGAACAGGAUGAGGAAAUGGGUGGGGAAGAGACUGGCCAUGUCAGUCAUCUUUCCCUGUUGUUUCAUUCAAACCGGCAUCUGUGCGCUGUGGCUGGCAACUUCGCCCCCUUUCCUAGAGUUUGACACGCACUCCCAAACGGGUCAUAUCAUCAUUCAGUGCAAUGAAGGUUCAGACAUCAUGUUCUACAUAGUACUGGGCUACAUGGGUCUUCUGGCCACCAUCAGUUUCAUGGUGGCCUUCCUAGCCCGGACAUUGCCGGAUUCUUUCAAUGAAGCCAAGCUGAUCACCUUCAGCAUGCUGGAAGCUCACUUGGUGACUCUGGGCCAGUCACUUUCAGCCUAG